UGCGAGCAUGAGACGGGCGGGUUCCGUCUAGCGGGAGUCUGACAGAUCGUGUGCGCGCGACGGACUUCCGAAGUGAUACGAGAUAUGCAGUUUAAGUGAGCGAUGUUAUUGCAAUAAUAAAAGUGGAGCUAUCUACAAAGGGAAAUCUUUCCUGCGGCGUCGGGAGUCUUAUGAAUAUGACAUUAGCGGCCGUUCUACCCGCCAUCAAGAUUUAUACGGACGCGAUCCAUCACGCUAGAUAAACAAAGUGUAGGCGGUAUUCAACGUUGACCACAAAACAUCUGUUAUCUCAUUCUUAUGUGCCUCUAGUAGCACAUAAUUUUGUAAAAGUAAACAGUGUCCAGUUACAUGAAAAUAGUAUUAUUAGCGAGUAUAUUGUAUUCACUUACAGAGGUAAUGUUUUUGUUAUUGGGUACAUUAAACCUCAGCUGAAACAAACUUAAGCCAUAUCUGUUUUGAACUCAAUAAAAAGAUGGCAUACAAAUAAGAUACCGUUCACGUGUAGUGAAAUAAUAAGGACGAUAUUAUUAUAAUCGUAGAAUGACAUUAGAAGCAUGCGUCGCAAGCCGUUGCCGUGCGUGCGUGAAGGACCAGCUUCUAAGUGGUGGGCUUGCAACGAUUGGGCUGUGUACGCCCUGGUGGCCUCUGUCGGGGCGCUGGCGUACUCUAACAGCCUCAAUGGUGAAUUCGUGCAUGACGACAUCCCGGCGAUCGUGUCAAACAAAGACGUCACCGGAGCCAACCCGCUGCUGCAUAUCUUCAAGAAUGACUUCUGGGGCACGCCUAUGUCAGACCCGCACAGUCACAAGUCCUACAGGCCUCUAACUACACUAACGUUCAGGUUGAACCACAUCGCGUGCGGCCUGGCACCCUGGGGCUGGCACUGCUGUAACCUGGUGCUGCACGCGGCCUGCUGCGCGCUGGUGUGCCGCGCCGCCGCCGACCUGGCCCGGCUGAGGCGACCCUUCCACGCGAUCGCCGGCUUGCUGUUCGCAGUGCAUCCGAUACACACUGAAGCGGUGUCUGGAGUCGUCGGUAGAGCUGAUGUCCUGGCGUGUUUUUUCUUUCUGUCGUCACUUCUCCUGUACCAUGGGAGCUGCGGUCGUCACCGGGUGACACUCAGCGUGGUGCUGGCCGCAUUGAGCAUGCUCGCCAAGGAGACCGGCCUCACUGCACUGUUGUUCAACGUCGCCUUCGACCUGUACCGCUGUUGGGGCUCCCUUAACAGGUUCCCGGUGCGAUGGCGAUGGAAAGCCGAUAACGUCUGGAGCAGAGUGACGCGAGGUGUCAUUGCGUUCGUUCUGCUGGCGCUGGCCAGACUCUCUGUGCUCCAGGGUUCCUUACCUGCCUUCUCACCACAAGAUAAUCCGCCAGCAUUUCAUCCUUCAUUUUCUGUAAGACUGAUGACCUUCUGCUACUUAGCAGCAUUCAACUGGUGGCUCCUGCUGUGUCCCUGGACCCUCAGCCACGACUGGCAGAUGGGAUCUGUUCCUCUUGUUACCAGCGUAUGGGAUUCCCGGAACCUGCUCACUUGUGCGGCUGUACUCUCUUUACUAGCACUCUUAUAUAAAUGUGUCGUGGACCUGGAGUACCAACGUCACCCGGCGCUCGUGGCAGGAGUAAUGUUGCUGGUGAUACCAUACCUGCCGGCUUCUAACAUGCUGGUCACUGUGGGCUUCGUGAUCGCCGAGCGGGUUCUGUACAUACCCAGCAUUGGGUUCGUGUUGAUAACUCUACACGGAGUGCAAAUGAUGUGGAAUCAUGAUAAGGCCAGGAGGUGGCUGCUAGUGGGUAUCACCAUACUUGUGGCCGGCGGAGCUGCCAAGACCUACGUCAGGAACCGGGAUUGGAGGACCAGGGAGUCUUUAUUGCGAGCUGACCUUGCAGUUCUGCCACAUAACGCUAAACUUCAUUAUAAUUUCGCGAAUUUCCUCAAGGACAUAGAACAGCAGGAAAAUGCAAUAAAACAUUAUAAGGAAGCGUUGAGGUUAUGGCCAAGUUACGCGAGUGCUCACAACAACCUGGGCACCUUGGUGAUGGCGUCCGGGCGAGCUGAACACCACUUCCUCCAGGCGCUCAAGUACAACAGGGAUCAUGUCAACGCUCAUUAUAAUCUAGCCAAGCUGUACAGAAAAAAGAAUAGAAUUGCAGACGCGUUAAAAAUGUUAGAGCGCUGCAUCGCUAUAGAGCCGCGCUUCGUGCAAGCCUACCUCGAACUGUUCCUGGUGACUGAAGAUCGAGGGAAGCAGAAGAUAUUAGAUAAACUGUUGGAGCUGGAGUCCAGGAACUGGGAGCAUUAUCACUUGUAUGGGAAUUGGUUAAGAGAAAAAGGUCUUUGGCCUCUAUCGUACACGUAUUACAUGAAGGCUAUACGAUACUCAUUCGACGGCACUCGCGAGAGGGUUGCUCUGCCUCCACUGCGCGCUGCCACCAUGCUGCUUCGGAGGCAAGGACAGAGGACAAGAUUACUGAUGCUGCUUACCAGGUGGCAGUGCGCAGGCGGCGGUGGUCGCGGGGCGGCGGAGCGAGCGGCGGCGGCGGCGGCACUGCGCGUGCGCACCGAGCUGGCGGGCCGGGCGGCCAAGUACACGCGGCCGGCGCAGGUUAGAUCAACGUGUCUUCAUCACAGCAAGUUGGAGAUUCCAGCUUCUCAUAAACUAUUGCACAUAAAUGAACGUGAGGGUACAGUUAACAAUAGUCAUAAGAGCAGGAUGUCAGUGAGCAGCCCGUACAGACCAACCCACAACAAGUCCGAGAGUGGCACCAAGAGGAGCAGCUGUCCCAUCAACAAGAAGAAAGCGAAGCAUCCUGAUGCCAUGACGUCACUUGUGUCUCACCACUUGAUAAAGACUUAUUAGAUUAGAUUUACAGUAUCCUUACACAGUUAGCUUCUUCAAAACACAUUUUAUCCAAUAGAAGAGUUUUUUGACCACACAGAGUAAAGGAUUUUGACAUUGCAUUAUAAGUGGAUUAUUCCUAUCUUGACUUUAAUAUUUUUUUUGUAUUGUAUAAAAUUAUAAUUUUGUGUUAAAUAAAAUAAACUAAUUUAUACUGUAAAAAAAAAUUUGCCCAACACCAAGUUUGCAUGCUAUUGGUAAUGGCUAACUUUAAGCUAUUGUAAGACCAAAUUUGUACCACCCUAUUUAAUAGCAAAUAAAUGAAUAUAAUUAGUAAUAAUGAUUUAAGUUGUCUAAAAUGGGAAAGAUGAACUAAAAUCGAUGCUAAAUAAGUCUGUAUUAGAAAAAACAGUUCCAAAUAUAAUAAUUUGAACUCUCUCCAACAAAUUGGGCGUCACAAUUUCCUCUUAAUUUCAAAAAAAUUAAAUUCAAUAAAAAAUCAAACGUAAAGGGAAUUGUUUGUAAAUAAUAACAUAGCAUCGUGCUUUCAAAAAAUCAAAUCCUGAUAUGUGCAGAAUUCAGAUAAGAUAAGCUUAUUUUAAACUCAAUUUAAAUGUACCCUUUAUUUUCAUCGUAUAUCAGUUUUUUUUAAACUCUUCUCUUCCAUCAGACGAGGCAUAGCAAAAGGUAUAUAAAUUAAUAUUAUGUAAAUAAAUAUAACUGUAUGCAUUGUUAUGUUUCGAAUAAACAAAUUAUUGUAUUGUAAAUAAUAUGUAAUUUUUUGCUAGCUGAUUUUAUAAAAUAUUUUCAAUAUAAAUUGUUUUGUAAACAUCACUGCUCACAGCAUUAAAUUUCGCAUAGAUAUGUUAUAGUGCUUACAAUGUUAAGAAGCAGAGAAUACAAUAAAAGGAUUAGUAUUAAGCUAAAUAUAAACUUAUUUGGUAACUUUGUGUAAAUAGUGAUGUAAAUAGAUAAUGUUAAUAUAAAUAAUAAUUAUAUUGUAAUCUUGAUUAUUGUGUACAUGUUUCGGACAAUUAAUUCUGAGAAAUGUAAAUAUUAAAUAAUUUCUUAUAUUACUUUCGGUCUAGAUAUAUUUUCUAUACAUCAUGUAACAUGGGGUUGAUGUGUCGGGUUUACUACUGUUAGUAUGAAUGCUCAAGAUUAUUAUUAUGUACCUUCGAGUAUGAAUUGAAAUGCCUAUGUAUGAAGCAUUAUAUUAUUUGCUACUGUUUUGAAUGUAAAUUAAAUAAUUAUUAUAUUAAA